UUCUUCAGUGUUCAUGUACAAUAGUUAGUGGUGAGGAGGGUAGAGCACUGAUACACCUCGCUCUUACACACAACUUCUCCAUCUUGACAACUUGCGGGCUCUGGUCGUGUACUGCAAGGAGUCCGGUUGAACAGUGACCAGUAACAACUCCACUCAGAUAAUUUUUCCCUGUAUUGUACUUGGUGAUGGAACUGGGGGUUAAUUAGGGUGUGAGGGGGCAUCAACAAGGCUGUACGAAGGGGUUAAAAUCAACGCAACUGAAAAAAACGGUACCUUUGUCAAUCUGUUGCAGCAGAAUGUUGUAUCGCGCCGUAGUGUUGUGUUGGUGCGCGAGUAUUGUGUUAGGGAAGGAACGGACACCAGUGGCCCCGAGAGGCGACUUAGGGGCCCUCGACCUGCACCAGCCUAUCGACGACCUCUCCGUCUCCUCCAGCCUCCUUCAGAGGGGCCAGGGCAACAACACAAAGGACCCUGACGCUGAGAAAAGAAGCCAAAGAAGAAUGUCGACUGUGGUAGAGAGGGAGAUAACAGAACAAGACUGGGGUGACGAUCACGGGAAGAUUGAGAGAAAAGAGGGUGAUAGUCGCGGGCGAACAGAACUGAAAAGGGAAACUGAAACUGACACUGAAAGAGAAAGGAGAAGAGAAAUGGAGAUCGACUUGACAAGAGAGAGGGACCGAAAUGCUCGCAUGAAGAAUGAUAGAGAAAACGAUGAUAGUCACAAGCAAAUAGAACUAAGGCGGGAGACGGAAAGUGACAGGGAAAGAGAAAGUAGACGAGAAAUGGAGAUUGACUUGGAAAGGGAGAGGGACAGGAAUGCUCGUCGAGUGCCUCUUGACAAGUUGACAGAUAUGAUUGGGGAAAUUGAUAGGAAGACCCGCCAGAGUUUACCCAGCACUGAUAUGGAACGACAGAGGGCGCUCGAUCGACAAGUCGAAAUUGCUAGUGAAGUGGCAAAGGCUGAACAAAAGAAAAGUGAACUUUUAAACCAAGUAAAAAGUUCUCCCUUGCAUGAGAGCCUCGACAGAGAGCCAUUCAGCGACAGGGAAAGGUACAACGAAAGGGAUUCGGAAAUGGAUAAAGACAGAGAGAUAAAUCUGCAGAGAGAAAGAGACCGAGCUCUAAGGAGCGGGAAUACUAAAGGGGAUCACAGAAUUAACGACAGGAGAGACCCCAGCUGGAGCGGCAACAGGGAUGACGAUCGAGUGCAUGAUGACUAUAAGGGCAAACAUCGCGACCACCGAUUCAGUCACACAAAAGAACCAAUUCUUAUUAUUGAGGAAGUUACCCCACAGUACUCAAGACCCUCAGACUCUCGACCUGAUCACAACCCCAGCAGGCCCUUAGAUGGGCGUCCCGUGUGGAGAGGCACCACUAGUCGACCUCUACAGGACCCACGCCGCCCAGAUCGACCACCUAUUCUUCCACGUCCCAGCGCCAGUGGCACGAACCGUCGUCCUGACCGUCCGGUUUACCCUUCGAGGUACGACGAGGUUCACUUGAGCGGAUCGGUCCCUCACCAAGGCGAGGUUGGGUUUCCAGUAGCAGGAGUGCUGCCUCUUCACCCUCCGCCCCUCCUGUUAGACAACUCUCUGACUGUCGCUUCCCAAGCAAACGCAGCGACCAAGGCUCACCUGGCGCUCGGGCAGCAGCUGGGACAAGCCAUACUAGCUGAGCAAGCACUGAAGGCUCAGCACGCUAUUCAAGCAGAUAAAAUUCAAGAAGCAGCAAUAGCAGCCCAUCUAGUAGGUCAGGCUGCAGCACAGCAAAUUGCUGCACAACAUGUUGCAGCUCAGCAAAUUGCAGUACAACAAAUUGCAGCACAGCAACUUGCAGCACAGCAAGUUGCGGCACAACAAAUUGCAGCACAACAAGCUGCAGCCCAGCAAGUUGCAGCCCAAGAAGCUGUAGCACAACAAAUUGCUGGAGGAGCUACAGCUACUCGCCUUAAAGCAUCACAGUUAAGUCAUGCCCCUGGAUUUCAAGCAUCACAGAUAGGCCAAGCUGCAGCAGGAACAACAGCUCCUGGGCUUUUUGCAACACCGGUAGAUCAAGGUACAGCCGCUGCAGGACUUCAGGCAGCACAGUUAGGCUAUUUUACAGGAAGUGCAGCUGCUGAACAACACCUGGGUACCAAAGCGAUAAUUAGAGGCAAACUGAAAGACGCUCUCAGAAAUCGACUGAAGACUCGGUUUCAGUUGGAAACUGCUGGGACGGUUUCGGCAACUGAUACGCAGGCAGCGACGCAACAAGCUGAGGCUUUUCCCUCACAGGUCGGUCAGUUCGCCUCACACCUCCAACAGAUCGCUGAAGUCAAGCGUCGUCUGCGUCAGGCGCGAGAGGAGCUCUUCCGCAGAUUGACAUUACUCAAGCCGUACUUCGAGCAGAGCACCGGGAGUUCCCACAAGGUCUACACUCUACCCAGUCUCUUGCCCAACCUGCCUAAGGGCGCCCACCUCACACCCAACCAGGUUGCAUUGCUGCCCAAAAUACCUAUACAGGUUCAAGAGACGACCACGACGCCUUCCUUCCACAUCCCUGACCUGAAGGAGGCUGUGGAGCCGCAUCUGAAGGUGGAGUACGUGGAGUACAUCCUAAGCCUACCGGAGGAUAUCUUCAAUAUCAUCACCAACAUGUCUAAGCGAGAGUUCCUGCUGACGUUGUUCCCUCGCUUCUUCCGCAACGCUGUCCGGAACCUCACCCCUUACACUCCCACGAACGUCCUGGACCAGACGCCAGCAGCAUAUUUCCCCCACACUACUCCAUCUUCCUCCUUCGUAGACGUACACACACACCAGCAUUAUCACCACCACCACCCACCACCGAAUCCUGCAACGCCCCUCUAUCAGACUCCCAAAGCUGCACCUGCUCUCUAUCAGCCAUCCCAACCUUCGUCACCCGCGUUCUCAUAUGAGACCCAAGCGUUUACCCCUCGUCCACCUGUCAGCUCCUCUUCUCUUCCACCUAUCACUUCUACUCCACCUCACAGGGUUGUCGUCACUACGUCAUAUGUGCCGUCUAUCUCCAGUAUACCCUCAACGACACCUUUAAUAGUAUCGACUCUGCACCCGAUCAUAACUACGACGUUCAGGCCUCCAACGGUUCCCGCGCCAACGUAUGGGGCGCCCAAACCUUCCUCUAUAUUGAGGAGCAACCACCACCACGAUGGUCACCGCCACGACAAUAACCAACAGCAGCAUCACGACGACAAAGACCACCAUCACGACCCCAGCUCCGAGGGGCAGUACUUCGUGUACAAAGAGGGUGACGACUAUCACCAUAUCCACGUCCAGGAGGAGAGCCACCACUCCACACACCCGAAACCUCGCGUCACUGUCAAGGAUCCCUCCUUGGUAGGAGGGAGACCGGGUAGUGGAGUGAGGCUGCCGGUCGGGCCCUUCGUCUCCUCCUACAGCAGCCUCGACGCCACCGUCGACCCCUCGCCUCACCCAGACAAGUCUCACUUCGGCACCUUCCACGUCACCAGCGAGGGAUUUGUUAUACCCAGCAAGGAGACCAAAAUUAGACCAGGAGAUUCUGUGGUAGAGUCGACGACGCCGGUGGCCACCUUUACCCCAGUGAUGACUGGGGUCGGCCUGAGGCCACAUGGUGGCCAGCACCAAUAUCUCACUCCUAUCUCCACCACGCCCAUCCCACCCUUAUCCUCCAUUGCUCCCUUUAUAUAUACCACUACCCUUUCCACGCCUAUCUCAUCUCCUUCCUUCCCCACUCCCUCGUAUGCCCCACCCCUCCCGUCCGUCACCCCCGCCCCACUAGUGUUCACCACCACGUACUCCCCAUCAAUCUCAUUCACCUCCAGUUUCCCACCGAUCACAACCAAUGUUCACUCACCACCAAUCCCAUCUACCACACACUCACCUAGAAUCCCCACCACCUCCUACUCCCCACCGAUAUCAACCCCCACCCACACCCCACCAAUCCUAACCACCAGUCACAAUCCACUUACCCCCAACUCCUCCCCUCCCGUACACACCUCCACUACCACCUACUCCCCACCGGUAGUGUCCACCACCUCCUCACCACCGGCAGCCAACACCACUCCCAGACCGCCCUUCGUGUCCUCUCCCCGCCCCUUCCUCACUACCACGCCCUCCUUCGAGCCAGCUACCACGCCUAUCUUACACGUCACCGAGAUCCCUGCGACCACCACCUCGAGUGCCGUUUUCCACCUGACACCCGUCAACAACGGACAGUUCCUCCCAGGUGGACAAGGAGGUAAUGCACCCUCUGGUGCCUUACCUCACGGGAGCACCAGGGGGCCUCGACCUCUAAACUCCCUCCACCAGGGUCUGAGCAUCGCCGAGGAGGUGUACCCAGACACCAUCCUCAGAGGGACCUCCGGCUCCACCACGGGGAAGCUGACGACGACGACGACGGAGGUGCUGCAAGGGACUCCCUUCAGCCGCUUUCCCGGCACCGAUGCCAACGACGAUGACCACGUCCUCUCCCUCUUCAAUAACCGGAAGGGCAACGCAUCUAGCGUCGACGAUAAGUCUCUCUUCUCCGGUGUCCAUAGGGGACACAAGAGCUUCAGUUUCUCGAGCUCUAUCCUGGGUGGUAGGCAUGACCAGGAUUGGCAUCCCAUCAUACCCUUCAACACCAUCCCCCAGGCUCCCCCUCCACACCAGCUGCAGGAGCUGCAAGUGAGCCCCUCACCACACCCACUGAGCCCGCCCAGCACCGUCAGUAACAGGAAGCCUCCCAUGCCCCAGCUGGUGAGGGGAGACGGUGUGCCACUACCACCUUCGCCAGAAGGUCUCGUGACGUCCCCGGUCCCGCCACAACCUGCAAGUUUUCCAGGAGGGCCGUCACCUGACCCUGGUGGCCCUCGGGGACACGUGACGGCGGAGGACCUGGCCAAGCUCCCGGCCUACCUGAGGGAGGCCCCAACCUGCGCCACCAACCGCUCCUUCUGUCUCAUGCCGCUGGGGUACCCGAGGGAGGUGGCGGCGUCCUUGGUGAGCACACACCGGGAGGAGAUGUCAGAGAUCACCAGGGUGCUGGCCAACCUUCCCCGCCAUGAGCUUGACCUCUCGUCUGCACUACAGCAGUUCCCUUACAUCGACACCAGCGUGGAGUGUGAGAGCGAGGAGAGAACUGUUUACCUCAGCUGGUCCCGAGAUCUGCUGGGCAGCUGGUUCGUCAUCAUGCAGACACCACCUUUCACGCAGCCCGUCAACGUUACCACCUGCAGCUCUGAAGCGCGUAAGAAGGGAUGCCGCCCCCUCCUGCAGGCUCAGCCGCUCCUCGCCCUUCAUCCUAGAGACCCUCAACCUCGCCCCUUCCUCUUCGACUUCCCCCUCCCGGUGGCCUGCGUCUUUGUCGGCCCCCUGCAGAGCGCCUCCAGCUCCCCCGUGACAGUUGUUAACACCCCAGCUGACCAGCAGCUAUUGACGUCGCCGCUCCCUGACCAGUCAGUGACGUCGCCGUCCGCUGACUCUGACCAGGACAGCUUCCUUCUUUCCGGCAUGCCUCAUACGGCCUCCCGCCAGACUGUUGACUCCCUGACGUCACCAACGAGUGAGUUACCGCUAUCAUUAUCCGUGACAUCAUCGUUCUAUCAUUCAGUCCCAUUCUUACCUAUGACGUCACCGUCAAGUCAACAAGUCCCGCCUUUUGCCAUGACGUCACCGUCGAGUCAACCAAUCCCCAGUGCAUUUGGGACGUCACAGGCUUUCCCGCGAGCCCUGCUGCCACUGCGUCCGGCUAUGUUGCUACAUGACGUCAGUGUUGAAAUGGACAUAUUGAAUGAUGAAGUGGAAGCCAAGGUCACGCGAAACGCUGGAUGCACUGACCUCUGCCAGACUCAAUUCCUUAUGCUCUCACUUUCAUUUAUUUUACUUGUCCAAAGAUAAUUGUUUUAUCUUCAACACACAAUUACAUACGGACGCACCUAUAUUAAAUGUGCCUUGUUCAUCCCUUUAUAUAAAUAUUCUUAAUGUGUAAGACUGAAAUACCAACAUUAACUCUUUCAAAUCUACACUUAACAUCGAUGUAAAAAAAAAUAUAUUAUCUAUAAUUACAAGGCUUCAAAGAUCUUCCGCGAAGCCUAAGAUUGACUUAGCCUCUGGUCAAAUGAAGUCUGUGUUAUGACACUUGUUUUCCUUGUUAAUGUAAGUCGUACAUAAUUAAAUAAUAU